AUGCGCUCCCUUGGGUGCGUGGGCGGGUCAGAGCCUUUCCCAGCGCUGCUCUGCAGACACCCUCCGCUUGUUCGCUUGCCCGGCAUCCAGUCGGGGUUGAUCACUCUCCAUAUCCACGGCGUUGGCGAUGGCGGUUCCAGUCUCGCGGCCGUGAUGUCGGCCGCCGAGGAGUGCCAUGAGCCCCUGAGGUCCCAACAACAUCAGGCACAGCACAGCUCAGGGUCCACUACACAGUCACCACCGGGAAUUUCUGCUGACACAGCCUGUUGUCAACAAGUUCUGCACCUUCUCCGACAGCGAAACCACAACCUCCCAAAGUACCAGGAGGCGGACACUCGGGUCGGCGUGCGUAGUCAGGAGCUCUUUGUGCGGCGCGGCUACCUUCACAACCGCGGCCGGGCGCAUCCGUGCGAGAUCGCUCCCUUGCAUGAGCCCACACCAACGCCUGAGGUCCCAGCAACAUCCAGGCACAGCACAGCCCAGGGUCCACUACACAGUCACCACCCGAGAUUUCUACUGACACAGCCCCCCCUGGUGGCAGCAAGUUCACCACAGCUUCUCCGACAGCGAAACCGCAACCUCCCAAAGUGCCAGGUUGUAAAGAUGAACACUGGAUACCUGAAGGCAGGCUUCAAUAUCCAGUGGGGUUACAGCCUGAGGAUAUGCAAUUGGCUCCGUCAGUACCACUUUGUGUCUGAUGCAAAGACUUGGACUGAAGCUCAGAGCUACUGCAGAGAGACGUACACAGACCUGGCCACUAUUGAAAACACUGAAGAAAUGAAGAAACUUAAAGACACAGUUUCUGCCGCUGGUCACAGCUCUGAGGUUUGGAUUGGCCUGUUCAGUCAUAUUGACUGGAAGUGGUCAGAUGGGUUCAACCAGAGUGGAGCUGAAUAUAGGAGGUGGGGUCCUUCGGACCCAAACUUUUCUCAAGCGUUCUGUGUGGUCCAGACAGAGCAUGUAAUAUGGUAUGAUAGUGAAUGCCAUGUACAUAUUCCAUUUGUCUGCUACAGAGGAACAUUAGAGGAUUCUGACUUUGUGCUGGUGGAUACAACAAAGAAUUGGUCUGAGGCUCAGAGGCACUGCAGAGAACACUACACAGAUCUGGUCACUGUGAGGAACAACGCUGACAGAGACAAGAUACAUAACUUGAAACCAGCAUAUCAAUAUGUAUGGAUCGGUUUGUACAGAGAUCCUCAGUUUUACUGGUCCGACGGGAGUAACUACUCAUUCAGCUCCUGGUAUCAGGGUGACAACCCACUUGGCUCGAUGAAAGUCGUAUGUGGUGUUGCAGAUUUGGGAGGAAAAUGGAGGUUAUUUCCCUGUGAAGAAAGAAAACCAUUUGUCUGCUACAGCGUCUCAACAGUAAAGACGUUGGUGAAGGUGAGGGUGGAGCUACAGGACUCCUCUGUGGACCUGAAUGACCCUGCUGUGAAAGAACAGAUUCUGAAAGAGCUCCAGGAAAGAUUGAAGGAGAAAGGACUGAGUGGCGUCACCUUGAAGUGGAGAGAAAAGGCUGAUGGGAAAGUUUUCCACAAGGAGGAAAAAGGUUCCGACAAGAAAAAAAAGUCUGAGCUUUAAUAUUUGAAUUCAACUUUUAUUGCAUGCGCUAAUGUUUCAUGUCUGCACAUAUACACACCUCUAUCACUGUACACAGUUAAACCAUACCAAUGAAUGCUGUUGUAGAAAAACUAGCCUAUGCUUAAACUGUGCGUCUGUGUAUAAAGAGCAACAGGAACUUUAUGCAGCCCGAGAAGAAUGUCUAAUUAACAACAGACACAGGGAGAGUCUCCAUCUGAAGGAAAAUGUAAUUAGUUGCAAGGCAGGUUAAUAAUGUUACAGCUGAUUAUGUCUUAUACUAAGGGAAUGACAAAGACCCACAGCACAGGUCAAGCCCAUGCAAAACAGAUUUCUGCUUGCAACUGUACGCUGAGACAGCACCAUAUAUCCAGCAUAAAGAAAUGUAAUCAUGUAUGCACCCUUACUGGAAUGAUUGCUUUUUUAACCUAUAUUAAGUGUGUGGAAAUGUAAUCAUUUUAAAAAAUGCAGAUAGACAUCGCCCGGAUCUAAUGGAAUCUGGAGACAGGACCUUCGAAAUCGAGUAAGGCCUGAAAAAGAGGCCUCCAAAAUUCCAAGAUUUAUAAUGGUGUCAAAGUUAGACAAACAACCACAACUUUAAUACACCAUUAGAAUCGACCCCUGACGUAACUGUAGGGGGAGACAAAGUCAACUUGGGAAAUUAUGACACCAUUCGGUUCGGGGAAUUAGACGUUUUUAACCAAUCAGUAGGUGGAGAGAUUGGUUGAACGGGCAACAGCAGAAACGAGGAUGAGCAUAUA